AUGGCUCUAAGUGGCAACUGCAGGACUUACCUUCCUCCUCGAGAGCAGGGGACUGGGCUGCACUCCUUCCCAGAGGUAGUGGAGCUAAAUGUGGGUGGCCAGGUUUACUUCACUCGCCACUCCACCUUGGUUGGCACCCCUCACUCCCUGCUGUGGAAAAUGUUCACCCCAAAGAGAGACACAGCCAACGAUCUGGCCAAGGACUCCAAGGGAAGAUUCUUCAUCGACAGAGAUGGUUUCCUUUUCCGCUAUAUUCUGGACUAUCUCAGGGACAAGCAAGUAGUUCUGCCUGACCACUUCCCAGAGAAGGGAAGGCUCAAGAGGGAAGCUGAGUACUUCCAGCUCCCGGACUUGGUCAAACUCCUGACUCCCGAUGACAAGCAAAGCCCUGAUGAUUAUUGCCACAGUGACUACGAAGAGGUCUCCCAAGGCAGUGACACGAGAAUAUGUCCACCCUCGUCGCUCUUACCGCCUGAUCGGAAGUGGGGAUUCAUUACCAUCGGGUACCGGGGGUCGUGCACUAUUGGCAGGGAGAGCCAAGCAGAUGCCAAAUUCAGGAGGGUCCCAAGGAUUUUGGUUUGUGGAAGGAUUGCUCUGGUGAAAGAGGUCUUUGGAGAAAGUUUGAAUGAAAGCAGAGACCCAGACAGGGCUCCAGAAAGGUACACCUCCAGGUUUUAUCUCAAGUUCAAGCACCUGGAGAGGGCUUUCGACAUGUUGUCCGAGUGUGGAUUCCACAUGGUGGCCUGUAACUCCUCGGUGACGGCUUCCUUUGUCAACCAGUACACAGACGACAAGGUCUGGUCCAGCUACACUGAAUAUGUCUUCUACCGUGAGCCAUCCCGGUGGUCCUCAUCCCACUGCGACUGCUGCUGCAAGAACAGCAAAGGCGACAAGGAGGGAGAGAGUGGCACGUCGUGCAACGAGCUGUCAACGUCGAGCUGUGACAGCCAGUCGGAGGCCAGCUCCCCCCAGGAGACAGUCAUCUGCGGCCCCGUCACCCGCCAGCCCAACAUACAGACUCUGGACCGGCCGGCCAAGAAGGGGCCGGUGCAGCUGCUGCAACAGUCCGAGAUCCGGAGGAAGAGUGACCUGCUCCGAACUCUCACCUCCGGCUCCCGAGAGUCCAACUCCAGCAAGAAAAAAGCAGUGAAGGAGAAGCUCUCCAUUGAGGAGGAGCUAGAAAAAUGUAUCCAGGAUUUCCUCAAAAUCAAAAUCCCAGACAGGUUUCCAGAAAGGAAACAUCCCUGGCAAUCCGAACUGCUGCGGAAGUACCACCUAUAG